ACGACUUUCAAAUAUCUUUCUCUCGAUUCCGAAUCGGGUCACCGAUAUAAUAUAAUCGUUAGAUUAUAUGGCGAACUUUCGUAAUAUCGUCAUACUCUCUUUCAUAGCGUUGUUGGCAUGUGGAGUAAAUGCACAACUUUCUUCUACCUUCUAUUCCUCUUCCUGCCCCAACCUCUUGUCCAUUGUGCGCACUGCCAUGACACAAGCCGUUAAUAGGGAGGCUCGCCUCGGUGCCUCCAUUCUUCGCCUUUUUUUCCAUGAUUGCUUCGUUAACGGUUGUGAUGCUUCGAUCCUUCUAGACGACACUGCAAAUUUCACUGGAGAGAAGAACGCGGCCCCCAAUCGGAACUCCGCACGUGGCUUCGAGGUGAUUGACACCAUCAAGACACGAGUGAAUGCAGCUUGUGGAAACGUAGUGUCAUGUGCUGAUAUCUUAGCACUUGCAACUCGAGACGGAGUCGUUUUGCUUGGAGGCCCAACAUGGACAGUUCCACUAGGCCGAAGGGAUGCAAGGACAGCAAGCCAAAGUGCAGCUAACUCCCAAAUCCCAUCCCCAUUUUCAAGCCUAACCACACUCAUCUCCAUGUUCCAAGCCAAGGGGCUCACUGCUAGGGAGAUGACGGCUCUAUCAGGAGGCCACACUAUAGGCUUUGCAAGGUGCUCCACAUUUAGGACCCGGAUUUAUAACGAAACCAACAUUGAUGCGACUUUUGCCCGUACUCGACGGGCGACCUGCCCAGCUACUGGAGGCGACACCAAUUUAGCACCACUUGAUCAGACCCAAACCCAAUUUGAUAACAAUUACUACCAAAACUUGGUCAAUAGGAGAGGUUUGCUUCACUCUGAUCAAGAGCUCUUCAAUGGAGGCUCUCAGGAUGCAUUAGUGAGGACUUAUAGCACCAAUGGUGCUACCUUUAGCUCGGACUUUGCGAGUGCCAUGGUGAAUAUGGGGAACAUUAGUCCCCUCACAGGGACAAAUGGUGAGAUAAGGAACAAUUGCAGGAGGAUAAAUUGAUUACAAUGGAAAACAUCUAAUAAGAGAUGUGCUAAAUGAAAUAAAUAAGCCGCCGGGCGAUAGCAAUAGCCAACAUGUGGUCCGCAAGGUGCCACUAGUGCUCCGCUCUGUGGAUCCGGCAAAUAGAGUAGGCAUCUGUGGAAUCUCUCUCUUUCUCUGUUCUCAGAUGAAGUGUUAAUUAUCUCUCUAGUUUUCUAAUGUGCUUUUGGUAUGUAUGCACGAAUAAGGACGGAUUUUCUUGUUGAAGGGAAAGUACCCUAAUAUCACUUUCUUGAUGCUCCAACAAAAAAAACCUGAUGAAUAUUUGUAUUACUAUGAGUUUGUGUUUUCUUUUACUAGUUAGAUAACUGUAAGUGCAAUUCAUUUCACGGA